AUGCGCGCGCUCGUCGGGAUCGUUCCAAGGCUCGAGGAAACACCUCGCUACUGGUUUCCCUACGCAAUCGACGUCCUCCCUGAGACGGCCACCGCCAAGUGGGACGAUGCCGAGUUCAAGAGCUACGUGGAGGCCUUCCCUGAGCUUGCGCAGAAGUCGGCCAAAACAUUCUCCGAGUAUGCGAUCAAUCUCAUGAAACAGGACUCCAAGGUCCCGUAUCUGAAGAAGUUGCAAGGUUAUCUCUGGAAGAACGGUUGGAAUACCGGCGCCUUCGUCGCGCCACUGUACCCUGACGUCUUGCCUGAACUCCGCCAAUGGCGUGCCAACGGCAAACAGAUCGCCAUCUUCUCCUCCGGCAGCGUGGCUGCUCAGAAGCUGUUGUUCGGCCACGUCGGCACCGCUGAUGACUGCGGUGCCCAAGUGUCUGCCAACGAAGACGUGGCCGAGAGCUCGGACAAGAAGCGCAAGUCAGACGAGACGGGCGCCGAGGAAAGCGUUGAGGAGCCUGAGUCGAAGAAGCCCAAGGCCACCGAGCCUCUAGUGGAUCCUCCAGCAAGGCUUCCCGGGGUUCAGCAGAGGAAGCACGAGGUCCAUCGUCCUUAUCUCGGUGAGGACAUCAACGACAUGAUCGUCGACUACUUCGACACGCAGAACGCUGGCCCCAAACAGGAAGCCGCUAGCUACGUGAAGAUUGCGGGGGCACUGGCGAAGCCGUGCAAUGAGAUCCUCUUCCUCAGUGACAAUGUGAAAGAGGUUAAGGCCGCGCUUGAGGCCGGCAUGAAGUCCUUCGUCAUUGACCGUCCCGGUAAUGAGCCGCUGUCGGAUGACGAUCGCGAGGCUUUUACCGUCCACACGAGCUUCAAGGACAUUCCGCUUUUGGAAAAGGCUUGA